AUGCCUGAUCAGUUGCAACCUUUUCUAGAGGCAAAGUUAAAAAUGUCAUCUCCUCGCCUUUCUUUUUCAAACGCUUUAAAACUUGGAAUCAUCUUCUUGAUAAUCAUACAAUUAAAGGCUGACGAUGAACAGUUUGGUGAUAUUCAAAUGCUUUUCCGUCAAGUUGAUAAAGGUGGGUUUGAUAAAAAAAUCUUCAUAAAAAUUGCGUUUGGCGCUGAAAUUGAGUUAAUGUGCAGUUCUACAUAAAAUUUGGAGUUGCAUUUUUAAAAAUGCAAAUGUACUAAAGCUCCCGAAAAUAUUCUCUAAAAAGAUGAUUGUCGUUUUCCUUUUGGACCCUCAGGGAAUAGCCAACGAUCAUCAAAAAUAUAAUAAAUUUUUUUGUGGGAAAAAUCCUAAACCUUAUUGUUGGAGGAGCAUUGCUACCAAAAAAGAUCCGAGUGAGGGUUAUAUUCUUAAGUUUGCUCGAAUUAAAUUGACUAUUCAUGAAUUCCCUGUUACGUGAUUUGAAACAGUUAACGCGGACGGCUAGGUUUUCGAUCCAUUGAGCCGGUUACGCAUGUCAAAUCUUCCCUAUAGAAACGUAGAGGAAGGUUUAAGAGACCCUAGCCUCUACCUCUAUUACUCUAACUCUUUGUCUAUAUCGCCUUCGCCAUUAAAAAUUUUUGCAUUAAAUCGCGGUACGGGCCGGAACGACAGACUAUCAAUUUCUUUUAAAUCGGUAAGUAAGCUUUCCUUCCAAAAAUCCCGACAUUCUGUGUGUCAAAGUAUUUUUUCGUUGCUGAAAGUUAAAUUUGGGGCUUUGGGGUAUGCGAAAGUGGACGUUCAUUUUUAUACUGUAUAUAUAUAGCCGGCUGCUGAAAGUUAAAUUGCAGUAAAUUGAUUAAUUUCAGGAAUGGUGAAAAAAUUAUGUUGACAAGCUAUAUUGAUUCUAAUGUUUAAGAGAUUUUUAAGCCAGAAAAGCUAUUUAAAAGACAUUAUCCAUACGUGGCCCCUCCCCUUUACGUACCAUCGCCCUAUUAAAUUUUAACCAUUAUAUCAUUUCUUUUUAAAAUAUAUUUUUUAUACAAUUUUACAGGUUACAGACUAACUGGCAGCGUCCUGGCAGAGUUUAAAGUCUUAUCCUUGUUAGAUUGUGCUCUACAAUGUCUGCAAUACACGUAUGAGAUAUGUGUAGGCUUCAACUACAAAUCAGUAAUAAAAACUAAUGAAGCAAACUGUCAAUUAGCCGUCAAACAGCCUGAUGACACAAGGGACUUAGCAGCCGAGAAGGAUUGGACAUUCUAUCAAGUUGAGGUAACAUCAAUUAAUGCAUCCUGUAAAUCAUUCCCCAUGCACUGGACGUCCGCCAUUUCAGUGAAUGCCUCUCAUUAAUCUCAUUAAGAAGAAGAGGUUAUUUCGCUGGCCUCAGAGUGACAAAACGUAACAAAGCAACGGUUUUACUAACACUGACCCUAUUCCAAACACCAACUCCAUGCAACUCUGAUCCCAACCCUAACCUAACCCUACUCCAAGUUCGUUUCUAAACCAAUCUUGAAGAAAAUGUUUUGACGAAAUGUCAUUCUGAGGUCAGCGAAUUGACUUCUUAGCGCACUGGCUAGGACCAUGGCGUCAGCAGUUUGAUGACGAAUUACGGUUACGUCAAAAUCAUAGAAAAAAAAACAAGAAGUUGGGCUUCUGCAUUGUCUCUAUUCUGUAGUAGGGUUACGCUUUUUUGACUGAGUCGCCCUUCUGUAAGCUCUCCAUUCUGUGACUGCACUUUUAUCGUUUAUAUUUCACCGUUUAUUAUACUGUGCUAUAGAAUCCUUGUGUCCCAAAUCCGUGUCACUUUGGUGAUUGCAUCCCUGGAAAGGAGGAAUUCAGCUGCGUCUGCCGUGCAAAUAUAGUUGGGCAGAAGUGUGAUAGAUGUAGAGGUAACUAGAAAGCUUAAUGAUACGCCCGUCUACUUGGAGCGAGGGUACUAGGGGUUCGGUAACACAGGCUAGGGUAUGCCACUCCAAGCGUCAUUUCCGUAUGGUCGUAAUGUCGUAAAAAUAGAGUCACAAUCUUUCUCAACGGCCAGUUUAUAAUAGUUUAUAUAUAUAUAUAUAUAUAUAUAAAAAGUUGUUUGCAGAGAACUUCCAGUUAAAGAUAACAGCCGAAAUUUGCCACCAAACCGUCAACUUCCUCGACUUAACUUUGAAUUUACAUGAACAGAGUUACAAGCCUUACCGGAAACCUAAUAAUGACCCCCUUUUCAUCAACAGUCAUUCGAAUCAUCCACCAUCAAUCAUAAAGCAAAUCCCGCUAUCAGUGAACAAACGUAUUUCGCAAUUAUCAUCCGACCAGAAUGCCUUUUCAGCCGCUGCACCCAUGUAUGAAAGCGCAUUGAACCACAGCAACUAUCAUGCGAACUUGCAUUAUACCCCAAGCAACAACGGUAGUGGUAAUAAACGAAGACAACGAAACAUAAUUUGGUUCAAUCCACCGUUCAGCAAGAACGUAAGAACAAACGUGGGCAAGAUCUUCCUCAGUUUAAUUGACAAACAUUUCCCACCCUCCAAUUGCCUUCAUAAGAUAUUUAAUCGUAACUCGGUGAAAGUAAGUUACAGCUGCAUGGAUAAUUGCAAGAGUAUAAUUUCUAAGCAUAACACCAGAAUACUAUCAAGACCAAAAUCGACAACCCAAACAUCAUCAUCAACAUACAGCGCCACAUGCAAUUGUAAUAAUAGCAACGAAUGCCCUCUUCAAAAGAAAUGCCUAUUAGACUGCAUAGUUUAUAAAGCAGAGGUGGUAACCAACAAUUCGGAACCUAAAGAAUACAUUGGCAUGACGGGAAACACCUUUAAGACACGGUUAUAUAACCACAAUAAAUCUUUCAAUAAUGUUAUAUACAUGCAGGAACAAUACGGAGCUCUCAAAAUACGUGUGGAACUUAAAGGAAAAGCAGCAGGACUUCACGAUUAAUUGGUCUAUCCUAAAACGAGCAGCCUCGUAUUCCAGCGGUGGAAAGAGAUGUAACCUUUGCCUCCAAGAGAAACUUUGCAUUUUAAAAGCGGAUAAGUCAAACUUGCUAAAUAGAAGACGCGAGUUGUUCUCGAAGUGCGUCCACCAAAAACGAUUCUUGGCCGAAAAGUUUGAACGUGCGCAAGCUCAAUCACGCACGCAAACUCAGUCACGCAAGCAGCACAACGGAUAUCAACGUCAUCAAGCAGGAAAAGUUAGUUGAACAUACAUCGUCGCCUGAAGAUCGUGAAAACGUGAAACUCAGAGUUGCGACUUAAUUAAUUUUAAGUAGAAAGACAACAAUUAUAUAUAUAUAUAUAUAUAUAUAUAUAUAUAUAUGUAUAAACGCGGAAAUUCCCAGUCGCUCUUGAGUCUUGGAUUCAAUUGUAAUCAUUAUUUUCCCCUUUCUUGUUACUAUUUCCUUGUCUAUUAAAUUACAAAUGUACUAAAAAGACAAGGUUUUAUUUAAAAAAGCCGCAAAUGAAGCGAUAUUAUUCAUGAAUUCACCUUGCGAUUUUCCUGAAACACGCCAUGUCGGCCUCGCUUGCGAAAAUGACAGGAAACUGGUAACAAGAAUGCCAAAUGCCCGACCCUUGGGAGCAAUCUCGUUCCCCGAGCCUGCGAUCCUCGGGAACGAACGUGAGGAUAAUCCGUUGCCGGAAGCCAGGAAUCCUGGCUAAGACCGAACUGCGCAUUCCAUAUCAACGACCAAUCAGAUUCCUCCCUGAAACGGUUAUCCCAGAGCCUCACGUUCCUUCCAGAGGAUCGCAGGCUCGGGGAACGAGAUUUUCUUGGGAGCUUCUUUGAUGUCAAAUAAAAUAAAAUCCCUGACCCAAAAGCAGGGAAAUCAGGUCAAUUCCCCUGGUUAGGGAAAUUUGGUAUUACGCACUCAAUUUUUAAGCAACCGGCCUCUAAAUUGCACCAAAUGUUGCAAUCUAAACACUCUACCUAUUAUUUGGUGUACCCAUCUUGCUGUUCGCGCUUGGAAUGUACAAUUGACUAUAAAUUGCACACAAUGGAAUGACCAUAUAGAGAUAAAAUUUCCAAAAACGGGGAAAAAACCCAAACAAACCCCCCCCCCCCACAAAAAAAAAACACAAAAAAAAAACAACAAAAAAAAACACAAAAAAAUAACCACAAAAAUACAUAACAAUAACUUACACUAUGGUGUGAUAGAUAUUAGACAUAUACUAAUAAUCAGAUAAACAAAUUAACAGGCUACAAAUUGAAACAAGCAACAAUAAAGACAAACGACAUGCUGAUAUAUAGUUCAGUCACAGAAUAAGAAGUUAUAGCUAUACCUUCCUAUUCUGUGGUUCAGUGUUGAAGCCUGCGAUUUCCUGUGGCGAGGCCGACAUCAUGGCGUGUUUCAGGAAAAUCGCAAGGUGAAUUAUAUGAAUAAUAUCGAGAUCCUCAUUGAAAUUCUGAACUCGUGAAUGAAAUAUUUGAGUAAUUUGAAGCUGUUAAAAUUAUGACAACCUUAAUUGAAAAGCUGUAUACCGGAUUUUGAUAUUGUUCAAUCUUACAUAGAUCCAAAUCACAACUUUGCACUGGAAAAACUUACAGCACAAUCCACGACCUAUCACGAAACCUAUCACUCCCAUCUGGCUGUUGAUGGUAAUACUGGAACGACUUUAAGAAACCAGCAAACAAAUCAACCUCAGUGUGCCCACACAGACAGAGGUUCGUUAAGUAACCCUGCUUGGUGGAGAGUUGACUUCGGAUUAGCAUUAGAUCAAAUUUUCAUGCGACAGAUAGCUCUAUAUUUUAGUGGAUACGUGAAUACGCAGUCAAGUAGUUAUUUUGAGAUGAAGGCGACAUGCAGCUAGUUAGCAUUAAUAGAAUCAAUUCUCAUGCUAUAGAGAACUUAAAUGUGGUGUAAUAUGUAAAUAUGUUCCUCACAACCGGACAUUGGUGUUUGACAGAUUAUGAUUAAUUAGCGUGGCUGGGAGAAAAAGUUUUGUAUUAUAAAGCAUACUAAGCAUAAUAUUAAACAUUAAAAGUCUUGCAUGAUAUUUCCUUUAUAGAAUUAUAGUAUCAAUUCGUAAUAUUGUCUUAGUAAUUAGUUUGUGUAUAUUAGAACGAUGCAAUAAGAUCUGGUAUAUAUGUAUCCAGUGAAAUAGUGGCCGGGCUACAUAAUAUGAUAUUACUAGUGGAAGGGUAUUCUGCAAUACUUCUAUUUGUGGAAAGUGGACUUGAUGGUCGCUUUGAAUCUUCCAGUAUUUCUUUGCACGCUAGUUAUCUUAUCCUGAUUCUCUUCAAUUGGGAUAUAUAGUUUUAACUCGUAAUAACAGUUCUGGAAUAUUUUCGGAACCAGAAAAACAAGUUUGUAGAUUUACCAUGGCAUCGCGAAGCAAAUCGUUCAUCUUUCUACACGUGGUUGAAGAAGAACAACGUGGAGUGAUGGAUAUAUGGUGCACCAGUGGGUUAUGAAGGGAUCCAUCGAUAACGCGCAAAGGCCCUGGACGCUAGUCAAUGAUGCGUCCGACUAUCAAUGAGGAAUCCGACUGUCUACAGAAAUUGCAUCGCGUCAUGCAUUAAUAUUGCUGCAAUAAAUCAUAAACAAUGACACCCAUAUUUCAUAUAUACAGUAAUAAAUCUUUCAUAUGCAAGACAAAGGUCGCAUAACAACAAACCAGAUUGAACGCAAAAGCAUGCAUGGUCUACAUAGAAUUGCAAUUUUAACUUAAUCGUAAAUCGCAAUAUAUUUCAGCAUUUUCUUUUGCGUCAAAGUAAUUUCUGUUUUAAUUCUCUGAAACAAAGCAGUACGCUUAAUAGUUAAGUUCAGUAUAUAUGGUUUGAAAGGAAAGCAGCGAAUUCCUUUAGUUUCCACUGGCAAACUGGCGGCUGGCACUCUGGCAAAACUGGCGCACUGGGCAAAACUGACUGGCGCUCCGGCAGUUGAUGAUAAAAAGCCAAAAACGUAG